GCGAGGGACCUGGGAGCGACGAAUGGGUUGUUGGGAUCUGGAUUUUAGAAAUGGGAAAAUAGGGUUUCGGAGUUACUGCCUCCUAGUGCUUCCAUUUCCUUAGCUGCGAAAUGAGUUAACUGUGAUGUCCCAGGGCUACCAAGCGUUUGAAAGAUGAAGUGUGAUGAGGUGGUUUAUGAAGUACAAAGCGCUGUACUGCGCGAUAAUUGUGGGUAUGCCAUGGAAACAGGUAAAUUUUUCCAUAACCUUAUGGAGAGAAAGGACUUUGAGACAUGGCUUGAUAACAUUUCUGUUACAUUUCUUUCUCUGACGGACUUGCAGAAAAAUGAAACUCUGGAUCACCUGAUUAGUCUGAGUGGGGCAGUCCAGCUCAGGCAUCUCUCCAAUAACCUAGAGACUCUCCUCAAGCGGGACUUCCUCAAACUCCUUCCCCUGGAGCUCAGUUUUUAUUUGUUAAAAUGGCUCGAUCCUCAGACUUUACUCACAUGCUGCCUCGUCUCUAAACAGUGGAAUAAGGUGAUAAGUGCCUGCACAGAGGUGUGGCAGACUGCAUGUAAAAAUUUGGGCUGGCAGAUAGAUGAUUCUGUUCAAGACGCUUUGCACUGGAAGAAGGUUUAUUUGAAGGCUAUUUUGAGAAUGAAGCAACUGGAGGACCAUGAAGCCUUUGAGACCUCAUCAUUAAUUGGACACAGUGCCAGAGUGUAUGCACUUUACUACAAAGAUGGACUUCUCUGUACAGGGUCAGAUGACUUGUCUGCAAAGCUGUGGGAUGUGAGCACAGGGCAGUGCGUUUAUGGCAUCCAGACCCACACUUGUGCAGCGGUGAAGUUUGAUGAACAGAAGCUUGUGACAGGCUCCUUUGACAACACUGUGGCUUGCUGGGAAUGGAGUUCCGGAGCCAGGACCCAGCACUUUCGGGGGCACACGGGGGCGGUGUUUAGUGUGGACUACAAUGAUGAACUGGAUAUCUUGGUGAGUGGCUCUGCAGACUUCACUGUGAAAGUAUGGGCUUUAUCUGCUGGGACAUGCCUGAACACACUCACCGGGCACACGGAAUGGGUCACCAAGGUAGUUUUGCAGAAAUGCAAAGUCAAAUCUCUCUUGCACAGUCCCGGAGACUACAUCCUCUUAAGUGCAGACAAAUAUGAGAUUAAGAUUUGGCCAAUUGGGAGAGAAAUCAACUGCAAGUGCUUAAAGACAUUGUCUGUCUCUGAGGAUAGAAGUAUUUGCCUGCAGCCAAGACUUCAUUUUGAUGGCAAAUACAUUGUCUGUAGUUCAGCACUUGGUCUGUACCAGUGGGACUUUGCCAGUUACGAUAUUCUAAGGGUCAUCAAGACUCCUGAGAUAGCAAACUUGGCCUUGCUUGGCUUUGGAGAUAUCUUUGCUCUGCUGUUUGACAACCGAUACCUGUACAUCAUGGACUUGCGGACAGAGAGCCUGAUUAGUCGCUGGCCUCUGCCAGAGUACAGGAAAUCAAAGAGAGGCUCAAGCUUCCUGGCAGGCGAAGCAUCCUGGCUGAAUGGACUGGAUGGGCACAAUGACACGGGCUUGGUCUUUGCCACCAGCAUGCCUGACCACAGUAUUCACUUGGUGUUGUGGAAGGAGCACGGCUGACACCAUGAGCCACCACUGCUGACUGACUUUGGGUGCCAGGGCUGCAGGUUUUGGGUGCAACCUCUGGGGCAGCCGACUGCAUGAACCAAAGUUCUCACCUAAUGGUAUCAUCACGCAGUGCACAAUCAUUUAUCUAUGUUUGCCAGGGGCCAGGGCUCGGGGUGGGGGAGGGCUUGUUUUAUUGACAUACAAUGCAGCAUGCUAAUGGGGUACACCAUUGACUUCAUUUGUACUUAGUUAUGUUGGUCAGUGUAAGAGGAUGCAUUUUGGGUUCAUCUUUCUUGAGUAUUGGUUUUAAGUAAAGAAAGUUAAAUGAUUUGUUAAUCUGCUAAUUGGUUGCCUGUGAAGUCACAUUGUCUGUUAUUAAAGCUUUUUGCCUUUUUUUCUUUUGAAGUUGAAGCAAAGGUGCUAUGAUGUUGUUACAGCAACUUUUCUCACAUGGGGCUUAGCUUUUAUAAGAGCCAGUGUUAAAACUUCCACCAAAUACCAGUUCUAAAGAAAGUCUGUCUUCCAGUGCAAAUCCAAUUGUAUAAACUGAUUGUCAGCAACUCAUUCUAAACCUUAGAUCUUGGCAGAGUCGAGGUUGGCCAUAUUUAAGAUGUGAGAGGGUUCUGUAGUCUUUGCUUCCAUGUCAGGGAAGCUAGUCCCCAACAGCCUGGAUGACGGCACAGUGGUGCCCUGGUAUAGCAGAAAGAGCACUGAGCUGGAAGAUUAGAGACCCGCCCUGUUACCCAGGAACUCUGUAACCUCUCUGGGUACCACCUUCCUUGUCUGUACAGCCAGGUAUUAAGCUCAGUGAUUUAUAAGAUUCUUUCUGGUCUUCCAUCUACUGAAAUGUGCAAAGGUUGAUAAUGUGUUUUUGUCUGAUCUCUGAUUUGUGGUUUCUUUCAGGUUGGAGAUAAUAUUUAAAUGAAAUCACUGAUACCAAGUUUUCUAUAAGAACAUCAAUGAUAUGAAAAGGAUGAGGAAAAGGGAAAUGUACCUGAUUCCACUUAGACAGUUUAAGUAAUUGGUUGAAGAAAUGCUGAUAGAAGUCAUGGUUUAAGGAGAAACACAGUGUGCUAUGUUAGAAGGAUACCUGAACCCAACUUAACUUCCUCCUUUACCUCUAACUUAAUCUGUGGCCUUAGGCAGGUUAACUUUCUCUUCUAAGACCAUCAUUUUCUUCCUCUUUUAAAUGAGGGAAUUGUCCUAGAUUAGGGUUCACAAAUUCAGUUGUCUAAGAGAGCCAUGCAGGUAACAUAAAUGAGUAAAACGUUCUGGGAAGGAUUGUGCUGUCUUCUGGAAAGUUUAUCUAAUAGGGCAGUUAUUCAACUCUGUUUUAUCAUUAGAAGAAAUAAGCCUGAUGUUGGCAGGUCUUCAGAUUGUUUCAGGAGGAGCUAGAAAGCCAGAUUUUUAUUUGAAAUCCUGGAUAUUUAAAAUGUAACAACUGAUUAAAGAUAAUUUAAAAUAAGGUGAGCCAAAUAAAACCUGUCCCUGGGCUGCCAGUAUGUGUCCCCCUCCCUCUCUACAGUUAGGUAAUUUUGUGCUUCAGCAGUGGAAAUGUUUGUUAGUGGUCACAAUCAGGGAGAGAGUAGAGGGAGCAAGCAGUAGAAGAAUCUCAGCCAUUCUUCAGCUGUCUCCCCUUGUAUUUCAUUCACAGACCAACAGGAAGGUAGUUUGAAGAUGAACAUGCGAAUUGGAACCUCAGUGAAAGCUUAUGUCUGGGAACAUGAGUUAUUCCUUCUUGCUGACUCUAGUUUAAAGCAUAUCCAUUUUACACGUGGGAAAAAGGGUUGCCAGCAGAGCUGAGAAUGAUGUAAGCUCUAGAGUGGGGACCUAUCUUUUCCAGAAUCUGCAUUAGCAUAAAGCCAGACUGGACCUCUGGGUGCUGUGAAGUUAAUAGAAAUUACUGGUGAAUUUCAAGGACAAGUAUCAUUAAUAUCCAUGUUGACACUUUGUGGGGUUUAAGCAAAAGAAGACUAUCUUUCUCUAUCCCACGAAAUCUGAGUUUAAUCCAUCUUGCAUUGAGUUCUGUACAUGAGCUCUGCUUAGUCCUUCUAGAAAUAGAACUAGAAUCACAGCUGAAUCUAUUUUUCAGAAGCCCCAGGACACUUUGGGCAAUGAUGAGGGUAAAUGACUUUUUACUUUGUAAUCAAGCCUGAACAGGUAACUGAGAUUACUGAUCUAAUGACUGUCUCCACCCCACCUCACUUUUUAAGAUCUGUCCUAUAGCUUACUUGUGGGAAAAGUUUUAUAAAACUGCCUGACUUGAGGCUUGUAUGAUAUGUUCUAUUUCAGUUUUUAGUGGUGAAUACAGAAGUCAUCAAGGUGGUACUUGAUGUCUCUGGAAUUUUUUUUCCCCCUAGGCAGUCUUGCUCUGUCAUCCAGGCUGGAGUGCAGUGGCAUGAUCAUGCAGCUGGAUUUUGACAGCAGUUCUUCAGGCAGUAAUUAGAGUCCUAAUGUCAAGUCUUCCCCACAGAGGCCUUUAUUUGGCCUGAGAUUUUACUUAACUGCUGUAUAGAUGCUGGAUUUAUUCAUACUAUUGCCAGUUUUUAUAAAAAUGGUAAACUAGCUCAUCCUUUUUGCAAAAGAAAGCAAAAUGGGAAGUUAGAGUAAGAAGUGGGUAGGGAAUAACUAAAGCUAUUCCUUACUCUCAUUGCACACACCGACCUUUGGCUUCCUUAGUGCAAAAGUGAGGGAAUUGCCUUUCCCUCUUUUGUGAAUAUUCUCAUUUCGGAAAAAUUCUGUCAUGAGAAGGUAAGCCCCAUCGAUUCUUAUGAGAUCUGAUUUCUUGGUGACACUGUGGUGUGGAAGCAAGGGGCCUCUCAGGUUUGUAAAGGCUACCGUAACAACUUUAGGCCUCGUGAUGUGGACAGGGAUCCAGGAGAGCUGAGUGGAUGUGUGAAGUUUCUAGUAGAUUUUGUCAUCAUUCCAAAGGAAUGGUUUCCUCCCGCUUUGAAGUAAUCCACAUUGCCAAAUCUGACUCUAACCUGACAUUUUAGACCUAUUGGAGAAAUAGGAAGAAAAUCCUUCCAAGGACUGGACUUGGAAGUUCUGCAGGAAAUGCAUGCAGUUGGAUAUCUGCUCAUGAGUGAAACAUGGGGAACAUUGCUAUUAAAUUGUAAAGUUUGCAAUUCAUUUUUCAUAGUUUAAAAAUCACUCUGUUCUGGCUGUUGAAAGCACUUGGUGAAGUUUGAGGAUUUAUAUCAUUCUAGUGUUUGUUCAUAGGAAAAUGAUUACUGCCUUCCAUUUGUAAAACAGGAAAUACUUUUGGAAACAGUAUUUAUUUUAGACAUGAAGAAAUUGUUUCUAUUAGGUUAGGCAUUUUGUUCUAACAGAAUCAGCAUAGGAUAGUGGAUCCUGGCUUUACACAUUUCUUUGACCAAACACAGCUGGCAACUUGAGGUCCUUACUGUGUGGCUUGCAGGUUGCCUAGAGGUGAAUCCUACCAGCAUUGCUUUUCUUUUUUUGAGACGAGUCUCACUCUGUCGCCAGCCUGUAGUGCAGUAGCACAGUCUUGAGCUCUGCCUCCAGGGUUCAAGCGAUUCUCCUGCCUCAGCCUCCCAAGUAGCUGGGACUGCAGGUGUGUGUCACCAUGCCCAGCUAAUUUUUGUAUUUUUAGUAGAAACAGAGGUUCACCAUGUUGGCCAGGAUGGUCUUGAUCUCGUGAUCCGCCUGCCUUGGUCUCCCAAAGUGCUGGGAUUACAGGCGUGAGAAACCGCGCCUGGCCCCAACAUCACUUUUAUAGCUUUCUGCACCUCCUCCUCUGGGCCUUGGUGUCUGAAGCCACUUGCCUUUCUCUUAGGGAAGCAAGUAGCAUAGAUUGCUACUUAUGAUGCAGUUUUGUCACCUUUGCCUUUGGACACACUUGUCAGGAUAGGGGAGAAGCCCUUUAGGUCUGUCUCCUUGACACAGCCUUCCUACUUGGUUAUGCUGGUGCUUUUGCUUGGUUUAAGGCAACUAAGGCACUCUUGAGAAUUAUGCAGCAUUCAGAGUAUCUGAUGAAAAGAACAGAUUCGUUAUUUUUGACAAAAUACCCAUUAGCCAUCUUUGGCAGUGUCUCUAAUCAAAGGUUCCCCCUGUGCCUGCUCUAGGAAAGUGGAAGUUUUUCAGAAUAAAUCCUCAGAUGGAUUCCUGAGUAGUCUUUGCACCAUUCCCAUCAGCCUAAUCAGACUGAAUGGUCAUGCUCAGUGCAGAAAGCUGUUUAGCUGUCAGGAUGUGUCAGUGUUUCCAGUCUUUCCCAGAACAGUUCAGUUGUUUAAAUUUAGUAAUUCAAUCCUGACCAGUGUAAACCCACUUAAUUAUUGUAGCCUAAAGAAUUCAGCUGCUUUUGCUCUUCAUAAAUAUGCCCAAGUAAAUAUGUGUUCUUAAUAUUCAGCCCUGGAAAAUUACUAAUUCAGAUCAUAAAAGCUCAUAAUGUUUUGGUGUCUUUGUACUCAGAUUGUGAAACAGACAGAUUUCACUGAUUUAGACUUAGUAUACUUGAUGAGAAUGCUCAGGUUGAAAAGAUAGUUCUGUCACCAAUCCAACAUCUGUAGCAAUGUGGGAAAAGUAAUCAACUCAUGUUUCACUAAUUUGAUGUAUGUUGUGAUUUAGAGGAAGUGAGAUAAAGUUUAUAUUUGAACUGUGUGGGUAGGGGUAAGAAGGGAUUGCUUAGCAAAUAGUGGAGUGAUUAUGGAACAAGAUGUCUCUAAGAUGCGAAGUUAUUUUCUUGCAUCAUAGAAGCAGUCUUUACCAGUGAGUGAUUGUGCUAACUAUAAAUCAUUUACAUCUGUACAUUAAAGCAGAUGCCCUCAAUUAGGCGAAUUUGGUUAGCCAAGCCGAAGUUGUUUAUACUUGAAAGUAAUAAAGCUGCAUUUCCUUAAAAAUA